AUGACGGACCCCGUUGACUCGGCGCCCACUUCCUCGCCGGCUAAUGCGCCAGCCCAGUCUGGCCCCGCGACCGAGACCCCAUCACAGCAAACCCUCCCCAUCCGCGAUGCAAAGAGCGCAAAGCCCAACCCCGCACAAACAGACAAGCCUGCAAAGGCCAAAGAUGCCUCAGCAUCUGCCAGCACUGAAGCCGAUGCAGCUGGUGAAAAACCCUUGACUCCCGCUGAGUUGAAAAAGAAGGCCAAGGCAGAGAAAGCUGCUCGGCGCGUUAAGGAAAAACUUGAACGAGAUGGCGGAGCUGGUGCUGCGGGCGGUUCAGCUCCUGCACCUGGUCAGCCUCGUCCUCCUGUUACUCCGAGGAAAGAUGCUGCCGGAGGUGCUGCGCAGAAGGGAUCAAAGGCGCUUCCUCCGCGACGUGGGUCCCUAGUCGGCGCUGGCGCUGCUGUGGAGCAGAAGAAAAAGAAGGAGGAUAAGAGUGUUGCUGUUUUUGGUCAUCUCUACGGUCAACAGCGGAGGACCACUAUUGCUGGUGCUGGUAAGGAGGUGCACCCCGCAGUGCUGGCAUUGGGUCUGCAGUUGAGGGACUAUGUGGUCUGCGGAAGCAGUGCGCGAUGCGUAGCUACCAUGCUUGCUUUCAAGCGAGUCGUCGAAUCCUACACUACGCCACUGGGUACUUCGCUCCCCCGCCACAUGACAACCCAUCUCUCUCACCAAAUUACCUACCUCUCUACAUGUCGACCACUCUCUAUCAGCCAGGGUAAUGCCAUUCGCGCGCUCAAGUUGGCCAUUGCCGGGAUUGACCCCUCCAUGCCGGAGUCCGCCGCCAAGGCUACAUUGUGCGACUUCAUCGACAGCUUCAUCCGCGAAAAGAUCACAGUCGCCGAUCAAGUUAUUGCCGCAAGUGCCGCACAGAAGAUUCAGGACGGUGACGUGAUUGUGACCUUUGCCGGCAGCUCCAUUGUCAAGCAGACUCUGCUCGCAGCACACAACGAAGGAAAACAAUUUCGAGUUUCGAUCAUUGAUUCGCGCCCACUAUUCGAGGGCAAGAAUCUCGCCCGUGCCCUCGCAAACGCUGGGCUGGACGUCCAAUAUUCACUCGUGCACGGUAUUAGCCACGCCAUCAAGGAUGCUACAAAGGUUUUCCUAGGCGCCCACGCCAUGACCAGUAACGGCCGCCUUUACUCCCGUGUCGGCACUGCGCUAGUGGCCAUGUCCGCCAAGGAACGGGCUGGAGGCGUCGAAGUUCCCGUCAUUGUAUGCUGCGAGACAGUCAAGUUUACCGACCGUGUCGCCCUCGAUAGUAUCGUUGUCAAUGAAAUCGCCGAUGCCGCCGAGCUGGUUUCCGCCAACCCUCCACAACAGGUCACUGGUCUUCCGGACCCGGCAGCAUUCACUGCUCCCCCUAUCGAUCCCAAGAAGGGUAAAGGUGGAAAACCUGCUGCUGCUCCCACUCCUGACCCCGUCGCUUCUGACCGCAUCCCUUCUCCAUCGCCUCUGGCUAAUUGGAAGGAGACUUCUCACCUGCAACUCUUGAAUCUGAUGUAUGAUGUUACCCCGGCCGAGUAUGUGGAUAUGGUUGUUACCGAGAUGGGCAGUUUGCCGCCUAGUGCCGUUCCUAUCGUGCACCGAAUGAGCACAAAUAUGUGA